AUGGAGGCGGGGAUGGGGCAGCCCUCCAUCCAGCUACACAGCCCCAUAGGACCGCCCAUGAGCCACCCUGCAUGGACCCUGCCAGUCAUGGCCUCAGGCUUCAUGGCUGGCUCGUGGCCUUCAGUGCCCAACCCAUGGUACCCAAUGGGCAUGCCCUUUGCCGGAAGGUCGCAGGCGCCCACCAUCCCACAGGAGCCAGUCAGCCUUGCUGCAACUGUGCACAUGUCGCUACCAAUGCUGGAGAGGGUGGAACGAGUGGGCAGUGCUGCAGUGGUGGAUCUUGCUAGCCACAAGGUGGGGCAGCUGCAAAUGAAUCGUUGCUGUUUUCCUCCCUUUUUGCUCCAUAAUGCAGUGUCAAUGUUGAGCUGUUGCAUGCCCACCUGUCCCAGAAGAAGAGAUGUGUUCUUUUACCAAGCCCCCAAGAAAGUGCAGGGUGUACUAAACCUCAAAUUGCUGUUGUCAAUGGGAUUGCUGCGAGCAAGGAUUCUGUGUUGGCAAAGCAAGCAGGCCACACGAUGCAGAACCCCUCACCAAGAUUAUGGCUGGAUACUUUUUCUGUACUAUGCAUGGCAGGGAAGGCCAGCACCAGAGGUUUGGUGCAGCAGCUAA